UGAAAAAACCGCGCUUUCCUUUCUCCUUCAAAGUUCAAAGUUCUCCAAUGGAAGCUUUAUUGGAUUCUCAGUAAUGAUAACAAAGCUGAACCCUUUACAUGGCUCCCUUCUUCUGUCUUUCUCAGAAUUUUCACUUUCCAACCUUAAAUACUCAACUUCUUCGAAGACCCUUUUCAACGCCGGCACUAAAACGAACAAAUUCUUGAUUUACUGUAACACCCAAAUCGCAGAAAAUGGCCGAAACGGGGACAUUAAAGAAGCUGAAUCCAUUUUCUACCGUAUGCCCAGCAAAAAUAUCGUUUCUUGGACGGCAAUGCUCACUGCAUACUCACAGAACAGACAACUCAAGAAUGCACGUGAAGUGUUCGAUAAAAUGCCUGAGAGGAGUGCUGCUUCGUGGAAUGCAAUGCUGACUGCUUACAUGAGGAAUAGAGUUGAAAUUAAUGAGAUUUUUAGUUUCUUUCAGCUUAUGCCGGAGAGAAAUUCGGUGUCUUUUGCUGCGAUGAUUACCGGGUUUGUUAAUGCAGGGAGAGUUGAUAUGGCAAAGGAUUUGUAUAAUCGGACUCCUAUGGUUUUUCGGGAACCUGUUUGUUCAAAUGUAUUGAUUAAUGGAUAUUUGAAAGUUGGGAAGUUAGAUGAUGCAGUUCGUGUUUUUGAUGGUAUGGUGCGGAAAGAUAUUGUUUCUUGUAGUGCAAUGAUUGAUGGGUACUCUAAGAAUGGGAGAGUUAUUAAGGGUCGGGAGUUGUUUGAUACGAUGAAGGAGAGAAAUGAGGUAACUUGGGGUGCUAUGAUUGAUGGGUAUAUGAAAGUUUGUUGUUUCGAGGAUGGGUUUGAUUUGUUUCUAAGAAUGAGAAGAGAAGGUGAUGUGAGACUGGAGCCUACUAUACUAACAAUCGUUUUAGAAGCUUGUGGAAGAUUUAGUAAGCAUCAACAAGGUUAUCAAGUCCAUGGGUUGGUAUCUCAUGUGGGAUUUGAAUUUGAUGUUUUCUUGGGUAAUUCAUUGAUCACCAUGUACUCUAGAUUUGGUUGUGUAGAUUCAGCUAAAAGUGUGUUUGAUUCGAUGUUAAGGAAAGACGUCAUUUCAUGGAAUUCACUUAUUAGUGGUUUUGUUCAAGCUGGAAAACUUGGAGAGGGAUAUGAGAUUUUCAAAAGAGCUCCGGAAAAGGAUGUUGUUUCGUGGACAGCCAUGAUUACAGGGUUUUCUGAAAAGGGGUUGACUGAAAUUUGUGUCGAGCUAUUUAAAAUGAUUCCCGAGAAAGAUGAUGUUGCAUGGACAGCUCUUAUCUCUAGUUUUGUAAAUAAAGGGGAGUAUGAGGAGGCUUUUCGCUGGUUUGUUAAAAUGCUUCAAAGUGCAGUUAGACCAAAUCCUCUAACUUUAAGUAGUAUGCUUAGUGCUUCAGCUGGUAUGGCCAUGUUGAAUCAAGGACUGCAAAUUCAUGCUCUUGUUUUGAAAAUGGAUAUGGAGUUAGAUUCGUCUAUCCAAAGUUCUCUUAUCUCAAUGUAUUCGAAGUGUGGAAGUUUAGAUGAUGCUUAUAGGAUCUUUAAAUUCAUAAAUUACCCGAAUAUUGUUUCUUUCAAUGCAAUGAUUACUGGAUUUGCACAAAAUGGCUAUGCCAGAGAAGCACUUAAGUUGUUUCACCAGUUGCAGAAUGAAGGUGAGCAACCUAAUGGUAUCACUUUUCUAGGGGUUCUAUCAGCAUGUAUGCAUGCAGGGCUCGUAGAAGAAGGAUGGAACUACUUCAAAUCGAUGAAAUCACUAUACAGCAUUGAACCAGAGCCUGAUCAUUAUACUAUAAUGGUUGAUAUCCUAGGACGAGCUGGUUUACUCGAUGAAGCAGUUAGUCUAAUCGAUUCUAUGCCAUUCAAGACACAUUCUGGGGUUUGGGGUGCUCUUCUUGGUGCCAGCAAGACUCACUUGCGCCUUGAUCUUGCAAAGCUUGCAGGUCAAAAGAUUUUGGACUUAGAACCAAGUAAUGCAGCUCCAUACGUGGUCUUGUCUGAUCUUUAUUGUAUUGUCGGAAAGAAGAAAGACGAGGAACGAAUUAGGCUGGCAAAGAAAUUGAAAAGAAUAAAGAAAAUUCCAGGUUGCAGUUGGGUUUUGUUGAAAAACAAUAUUGGUUUAUUUCUCUCUGGAGAUCAGUCCCAUUUGAACUUUGAUGAGAUCAGCUGCACAUUGUGGACGAUUAUGGAUGACACGAAACAAGUAAGUUGCAUGGAUCAUGACUUGUUAUCACCGUAAAAAAUGUUACUCUCUCCGUUUCAAUUUGAUUGGCACAGAGUUUAAGAAAGUAAAGAAGACUUUUGCCAUCCGGA